AACAGUAAUGUCCUACACCCUUCAAAUGACAAACUUCCAGGGCACUGCCCUUCGAGGGGAGAACGUCAUGUUCACUUCCGUUUGGUAUUCCCAUGUUUUCUCUUGUAUUUCUCUUGUAACACUUGUCCAAAGAAGAAUUAUUAAUUCUCACUUUAGAGUUUGUUAUUCAUAUGAUUUAGUUCAUACAGCAUAUGCCUUAAAUGCAGGACAAGCUGUAUUCCAUGUGGCUUUCAUUCGGAACGCUUCUUUGAUGCUUAUAUGUAAUGAUUCUGUAUUAUAGGCUACGUCUUAAACCCUUCAUUUUAGACACAGUGAUUAAGAUAAUUCCCAGAGAAUGUGUAAACAAUGACUAUAAUUAAAGUGUGAUAUUUUAGGUUUAAACAAGGUAUUUUUCUCUAAGUCAAGUUCAUGCUUUUGACAUUUUCAUCUUUUUGUCUUAUUUUUUUUAGUCACCCUUACCUCAAAACGGUGUAAUAUGACAGAGCUAAUCAUUUUCAAUUAUUUGGAUUCCAAGGGCGAUAUGACAUUACUGAUCUGUCCUUUCUGCUGUAGUCUGUUGAGACACCUGGAUUACUAUAAGCUGAUCAUGAUUAACUUUGAUGUCCAGUCGAGACAUCCAUAUUGUUCUCAGUACUGGCUUGUGAGACCGGCUGCCCAGUGCUGUUGCUGGAAUCACACUACCUAGAAGGUUUUGGAUCCAGCUUCACCACACUAGCGUAAAGUAGUGCCAUUUUUAAAUCAUGAUGAGUGGAGUCAGAAGUGUUCCUGUUGAAGAAGGCAGAGGCACCUCAGGGCAGACCCAAGAUGAUGCCAGGACCAGACCUACCACAAUCAUCAAUCUUAAUCCCAAAUCCAGCUGGGUUGCAUCGUGUAAACCUGGAGAUGGAGUGCGCCAUCAGUUGUAUAUUCCUACAAUUCUCCCUCAAAGCAACAUUCGCCCCGUUUCAACAGGAGGCAACUCCCUUCCUUUGCCUGACAUUAUGCCAAACCAGACUUCCAAACCAAGCGUGUCUAUUCGGCGCCACAAGAGCACCACAGAUUUACCCUACAGCCCUCAGCGUGGGUACAUGCGUGGCCAGAGACCAAGUAUCUGUGCCCCUACCGAGGCAGAGCUGGCACUUAUGAGGCGCUGCUCUUUACGUGAGCCAAACAUUCGGCCAUGUUGUCGCCAUGCUCUUAGCGUUCCCAACAUGACAUGUCCAAGCACAAGCCCUCUAUGCAGCACCCCGUCCCGCAGUGCUCUCUACACACCUGUACGGGACAUAGAGUGCAGUCCUAAAGCACGUAACAAGCUAAUAGAAAGUGAGAAUGCACAGACUCCAACUUGUCCACCGGAGCUUCGCGAACAGUGCCGUUACAUCUCCAAAGAUGGGAAGUGUAGGGUAGACUUGGCACAUAUGGCUGAGAGAGAACGAUUCCUGGCUGACAUCUUCACGUCUUUUGUAGAUCUUCAGUAUAGAUGGUUUCUUUUCAUGUUUAUGAUGUGCUACGCAGUCACCUGGUUUAUUUUCGCUGGGCUUUAUUCGCUAAAUGCAUUCUUGCGUGGAGAUCUCGAAGUUCCUGGUGACUCUGAUGUUUGCUACCCCAAUAUAGAUGGCUUUGUGUCAGCAUUGCUUUUCUCAGUAGAAACACAGAGAACUAUUGGCUACGGUGCUCGGACGGUCUCAUCACGCUGCUACGAAGGUGUGCUUUUGGUCAUGGCGCAGUGCAUUGUGGGCUCCAUGAUUGAUGCCCUUAUGGUGGGCUGCAUGUUCGUCAAAAUCUCACGUCCGAAGAAGCGUGCAGAGACGCUUCUUUUCAGCCGGACUUGUGUUGUGGCCAACCGUGAUGACCGCCUUUGCCUUAUGUUCCGUCUCGGCGAUCUGCGUGAGAGCCACAUGGUGGAUGCCAAAGUACGCGCUAAACUCAUCAAGUCUCGGCAGACGUCAGAGGGGGAAUUUCUCCCGCUGGAGCAGUCUGAGAUCGACCUGGGCUACGAGAGUGGCUCUGACCGUCUGUUCCUGGUGGAGCCGCAGGUCAUUCAACACACCAUCGAUUCCAGCAGUCCUUUCUGGGAGCUUGGGCCGGAGGAGCUGCGGAAGCAACAGUUUGAGAUUAUUGUCAUCUUGGAGGGAAUUGUGGAAGCAACAGGAAUGAUGUGCCAAGCGAAGACUUCCUACAUCGAGACGGAGAUCGAGUGGGGAGCCCGUUUUGAGCCGUGCAUGACACUGGAGAAAGGGGCGUUUCGAGUGGACCUGAGACGCUUCCACAGCACGUAUCCCGCGCCUCUUCCGCCGUGCAGCGCGCAGGAACAGCAUCAUCACCUGCAGACCCUCCGAGUAGGACUGGAGCUCCAGGAAUCUCUCAAAGACAGUGUUAACUGGAAACUGGGGGGAGACGACCAAGAAGACGACAUUAUAAAACCACCAGGAGCAUGUACUUUCACGAUCCACAACAUCCAGGAGGAGCGAGUGUCAGAAAUCAACGAAUCCGAAUCUCUUUAGUUGUUAUACUGUUUAGUGCGAUACUGACGGUCCU